AUGGGGGCAUUUCAUGCCCGCUUCUCCAGUGAGCUCUUGAAAUCAAUGAACGCAACGUCCCUGCCACCGAAAGCCAAAGUCGAUGCAUUUACAGAUGCCUAUUUUAAACAUAUUUAUCACCGAGCUCCUGUUGUCGACAGAGCAGAUCUACACCAAGAGGAGCCAUCAAUGAUCGUAUCUCAAGCCAUCUGUAUGAUUGGCAGUCUGUUGCGCCACCCAAGUCUUCGAUCCCCGCUCGAAGAAAGCGAAGAAUAUUACUGCAGAGCGAAAGCAUUGCUGUAUGCCAACUACGAAAUGGAUCAUCGUAAUACGCUCAAAGCCCUUUGCCUUCUGAUAUUUCGAAACGUUACUCCGCCAAAUGUUCUCACCUUGGACUGCUCAUGGCAAUGGACAGGAAUGGCAACAAGAUUAUCCUACCAGAUGGGUCUACAUCGCGAAUCUACGUACUCGAAGCUCACAAAUCCUGGAAGUGCGCGUCGAAUGAUGUGGUUUCUCUUCGUAUUUUCUCCACGCGCCGAAAUGGACCUACGGCCGUUACGACUUGACGAUUUUGAGUGCCAAAAUAUUCAAGCCGAGCUCUUCAUAGAAUUUGUGAAACUAAAUGUGAUCAUGGGCCAGAUAGUUGACCACCACGGCCAGCAGGGCGAAUCACAACAAGUAGAGGUGACAGCCAUGCUUCAAUCGUUAAGGCAAUGGAUCAGUAACCUACCCCCUCAACUACGCCUCUAUGAUGGCCAUGAUCGCCGUCCCUUCAGGCGAGAUAUAUGCGAGCUACAUGUCAAUUACUUCGUUUGUAUCGUUGUUCUUUGUCGUCUAUAUGGAGGGUCACUUCCACCAACCACAGCAUCGGCGACGUCUCUAGUGGCAUCGUCUUGUAUCAGCCAUCUGUUCGAAGAACUUAACUUCCGAGACGAGAUCAACUACCUGAUGCCCUUGAACAACUGGUUUCUCAUGGUAGCUUGCGCGCCUCAAAUUCAGCAAAAUGCCGCCUGUCGAGGCAAAGAUAAGCUCUGUACCGAAGAGCUAAACAAAUUGAUAGCCGCUCUACGGCACAUGCAUUUGAAAUGGCCGCCGGUGAGAAUUCUGUUGGGUAUUAUUGAGCGAUUGGUCAUUAGAAGCCACCAGGAGAUCAAUUCGCUUGGCCAUGCUUCGGGUUAUUCGCUGGAUUCGGACUAUAUAGGCGACACAUGGACCCGACUAUUUCCUCACGCUGACCUCAGAGGUUUGUUCCCGUUCCCUAGCUCGUUAAGCCCUCGUAUACAACAUGUGGAGGCUGGGAGUGAGGAGAAUGUUGAUUCAUUGGCUAUUGGGCGGAUGAUCGACCUAGGCAAUGAUGACUUGGACUGGAUCUUUCACGAAUACCAGCUUGGCUUUAUGGAAGCUUCAAUUUAUUGA